AUGAGACCAAAGAAAUUUAGCCCAAAUACCUCGCCUUUACUGGCCUGCGUUCUCUCCUUCAGCUGGCCUCUUCAGUGCUCUGCUCAAAUGGUUGGGGUUAUCCCUGCCUCAUCUGCCCUGCCGGGAAAAUGCGGGACCAAAGAAUUCCUUGAUAUUGCAUCGGGUGAAUGCAGAUCGUGCGGGUCGAAUCAAAUGAAGAGCCCCGACGGCUUGAGAUGUGUCUGUGUAGCUGGGACUGAUCCGAGGCCGCCUCCUGUGGACUGCACGGGCUGCAGCUCUCUUCUGGCCCAGACCCUUUGGGAGGCCCUGUUCCUGGACGCCAGUUUCCUGGCUUGCAACAAUACCUGCAACGAGACGGCGUGCCAGCUUCUCACCAACAUGGUCACGUUGGAGGCUUUCUCUUUGCAAAACAGGGCCUAUGACCUCUACAUGAAAACCAAAAGCCAAGACCUUCCAAAACUGUGGUACAGUGGCACGGAAGCAUCCUUUCCUCGGGUGUCUUUUGGGAAGAAUUCCCAGAUCUGCUUGAAGGUUACGAAGUAUGAUGCAAGAGGAAACUUCUUAGGCUGGGAAGACGUGAGCGGGGCGACACUGCAGCUCUGUCCAGGCAGCCAGAACGUACUAGAUGCUGCCUUCAUGUUUGGAACUUCAUACAAUCUGUCGUGCUCUCUGGACAUCUUACGCUUGCUGCAAAGAGAUCCUGAGCCCAUAUUUUACGAGCUGUUCUUGCAGUAUGAUGACGAGAAGGGGAAUUCCCGGUUGUGGCCGGUCCCUGUGGAGAACCCCGCAAUACGAACAGGCAGCUCAGCAUCACUAAGCUCUUGGGCGUUUACAAGAUUCUUUCUUGUUGAUGGGCUCACUGGCAGAAAACCGAACUUGACUGAUCCCCCAGAAACUCUGACACUUGCGAGAGAAUUGCUCCUCAGCAUAUACCUGCCAACUCGUAGCCCGGGAAACCGCCCCCCUUUCCUUUUGACGGUGAAAUAUGCGAAAUAUGCGGUGCGAGGCAGCCCUGGAUCCGUGCAGGCGUCCUUUUCAGUCAGUUAUAUUCAAGAUCCUGGAACAGCUCAGCAAGACACAGAUAUUGCGCUUGGAGUCCUUGGAUCUCUUGCGGUUUUGUAUGCUUUGCUGAGGGUCAGCAGUUGGGCCCGGCGCUCCCGACUUCAGAACAUAAAUCUUAUGAUCGUAGUGAAAUUCUUUGCCUACUUGGCCGGUUCCCUAGCAAAUGUCUUCUUCCUAGUCACCUUAGGAAUUGGUAUUUACUGGCUCAUAGUUUUCAAGGGCCAACAAUAUUCUCCUGUUGAGGUGACACUCCCCUCUGCUGGUGGACCAAUAGAAACCCGCUUUAUUAUUUAUGUGCUGGUUGCUCUAGGGUUGAAGACCUUGAACCUUGUGCAUGUGCUGGUCACCCAGUUGACAGUCUCUAUCUUCCUGAUAGACUGGGAAAAGCCAAGGGAGAAAAGGACACAGAGAACACCCACAGGAGGAGAUCAGAGAGCUGCUUCUUCUGUGAGCGCCUGGAGAACUUUUCUGAUAGCUAAUGAGUGGAAUGAGCUGCAGACCCACCGGAAAAUAAAUCCCUCCCUUCAGCUGUUUGCCACCUUGCUGCUUCUGGAGGUGGUGGGACUGAAGAACCUUGCCUCAAGGGACCUGAAUGUGAAUCUCCAUCCAGACUCAAAUGCCUACCUGGCUCCGUGGAGCCCUGUCCUCCGAUUUGGGAUCGCUGCUUCAGUUUGGCUGGCCAUCGGGAUUGUGCAGGUGGUACUUUCAGUCGGGCUAUAUGAGCGAUUUGUGGAGGAGAAGAUCCAGCAGUUCACCGACCUUUGCUCCUUGAGCAAUGUGUCCGUGUUCAUCUUGAUGCACAGAUGCUACGGUUUCUACAUCCACGGAAGAAGUGUCCACGGCCACGCAGACGUCAGCAUGGGCACCAUGCGCUCUUACCUCCGGAAGGAGGAGGAGAACCUUUGCCCCCUUAGAGGCCUGGAGGCCAAUUCGAACAUCCAGACAUUUGAAGUGCUUCUCACCGACAGAACCCGACUACUCUAUGACAGAAUAAACCUGCCUUUAGCAAAGGCUCCAAGAGGGACACGGGUCCGGUCUGACGUUUGUGACCAGAGACUAAGAAGCUACCCUGCCUUGAACCGCUUUCUGACCUCUUUCCUUGAGCACAGGUAUAAAGAUAUGGACUAUGUGGUGAAAGACAAGUUUUUGCUGGAACGGAUCCUGGAUGUGGAAUUCCAAGAGCCGGGAGAUGUGUCUGUGCUGUACAAUGAUGAGAGUUCGUUGUUCGGCAGAGCUCUUUUCUACAACCACGAGCUCCUGCUGCUCUUCUUCGAAGCCCUCGUUUUCUGUGCGGUGGAUCUGGGGGCACAGGAUUUUGUGCUGGCAACCCUGGUCACCUUUGUCGUGCAGAAGCUUGUGCAAAUUCUACGUGAGGCGCUGGGAAAGAGGAACCUGGCCGAGAAAACCCUGGUGGAGAAUCAGUUCUUGAUCUAG